AUGGCUAGCUUUAAAAUGCAUUUUUUGUGCCUUUUUCUCCUAUGUUGGUGUGCCACAGCACUGGGAGAAGAAGGAUACGUGAAGUACAAAGACCCCAAUCAACCGUUGCCCGUCCGGAUUAAAGAUCUAAUGGACCGGAUGACUCUUGCUGAGAAGAUUGGUCAGAUGACACAGCUCGACCGAACAGCUGCCACACCUGAAAUCGUGAAAGAUUACUUCAUCGGGAGCUUAUUGAGUGGUGGAGGGAGUGUUCCAUCUCCGAAAGCCUCGCCGGAGACUUGGGUCGAUAUGGUGAAUGGCUUCCAAAAGGGCGCUCUUUCAACCCGUCUGGGGAUCCCAAUGAUCUACGGCAUCGACGCCGUCCAUGGCCACAACAAUGUCUAUAGAGCGACCGUAUUCCCCCACAAUAUUGGGCUUGGAGCCACCAGGGAUCCAGAACUUGUGAAGAGGAUUGGUGCUGCAACCGCUCUAGAAGUUCGAGCGACGGGAAUUCCGUAUGUCUUUGCUCCAUGUAUCGCGGUUUGUAGAGAUCCGAGAUGGGGUCGAUGCUAUGAAAGCUACAGCGAAGAUCACAAGAUAGUACAGGCAAUGACAGAGAUCAUCCCUGGUCUACAAGGAGAAAUUCCGGCGACAUCUCGGAAGGGUGUCCCUUACGUCUCCGGAAAGUACAAAGUAGCAGCCUGUGCCAAGCACUUUGUUGGUGAUGGUGGCACAAAUAAGGGAAUUAAUGAGAACAACACCAUCAUCGACUUCCAUGGUCUGCUCAGCAUUCACAUGCCCGGAUACUACAAUGCGAUCAUCAAAGGUGUCUCGACCAUCAUGGUCUCUUAUUCUAGCUGGAAUGGGAAGAAGAUGCAUGCUAAUCGCAAUCUCGUUACUGACUUCCUUAAGAACAAGCUCCAUUUCAGGGGAUUUGUCAUCUCCGACUGGCAGGGAAUCGAUAGGAUCACGUCGCCACCCAAAGCAAAUUACUCAUAUUCCAUCCAAGCUGGAAUUCACGCUGGCAUUGACAUGGUCAUGGUCCCAUACAACCACACCGAGUUCAUCGAUGAUCUGACAGCCCAAGUGAAAAACAAAGUCAUCCCCAUGAGCCGAAUCGACGAUGCCGUCAGAAGGAUCUUGCGUGUCAAAUUCGUCAUGGGUCUCUUCGAGAAUCCCUUGGCCGACUACAGCCUCGUCGACCAGCUCGGAAGCCAGGCACACAGGGAUUUGGCCAGGGAAGCGGUCAGGAAGUCAUUGGUGCUGUUGAAAAAUGGAAAAUGCAAUGAUGAGCCGCUGCUGCCGCUCCCGAAGAAGGCGCCGAAGAUCCUUGUAGCUGGGACCCACGCCAACAACUUGGGAAACCAAUGUGGUGGGUGGACCAUCUUGUGGCAAGGAGUUGAUGGGAAUAAUCUUACUACUGGAACUACCAUUCUCAAUGCUAUCUCAUCAACUGUCGAUCCAGCCACUGAAAUUGUCUACAGCGAGAAUCCCGACGCCGACUUACUCAAAUCCAAUGAUUUCUCUUAUGCGAUCGUUGUCGUUGGAGAGCCUCCUUAUGCAGAAACCGCCGGCGAUAACCUCAACCUAACGAUACCGGAGCCCGGACCCAGUACAAUCAAGAAUGUGUGCGGCACAGUCAAGUGUGUCGUCGUUAUCAUCUCCGGCCGGCCACUUGUGAUCGAACCAUAUGUUCCUAUCAUGGAUGCCAUAGUGGCUGCAUGGCUUCCAGGCACCGAAGGCCAAGGCAUCACCGACGUCCUCUACGGCGACUACGGGUUCUCCGGCAAGCUCUCUCGGACAUGGUUCAAAUCCGUCGAUCAGCUCCCCAUGAACGUUGGCGACUCGCAUUAUGAUCCACUCUACCCAUUCGGAUUCGGGCUCACGACAGAGCCUACUUCUCAAAAUUAGAGAAAUCAAAUUUCUAACUAGUGUUUUUUCGU